AUGAACUACUCAGCUAAGCUCAGAACCAUCCCCAAGUCAUCUGAAGUUGCUAAACGUCUCCCUGCAUCAUGGGACACGCAUACACCCACCCUUAACAGCAACAGGAAUAACAAGACCAAGAGCUUACAGUCCCCCAUCCACUUCAUUGCAUCUCACAGUCACCCACACAUUGAAUUUGUCUUGCCCACAUUAACCACCCAUCCAACCCAUCCAUUCCAUUCCCUGAUCAAAUCAAAAUCAAAGACACCACUGACGGCCUCAAGCGCGACAAAUACCGUGACAGAGUCCUAUCCGAAAUUAGCGUACUUGAAGAAUGUCAUGCCAGCGUUCUUGGCUACUCAGAUGGGCACGCGGCAGUGUCCAAUGGCAUUCAGAAAGUUGGCGUCGGCUACGUUAUACGUGCUGGAAAAGGACUCUGUCAUUGUCGUUGCGUUCAUGAAAGCUAAACAAAUAGCCGAAAGCCAAGGUUAUUGCAAAAUACGUAUAUAUUGCGACAACCAGUCCGCCGUUAAAUCAAUCGCCGACCUCUCACGACAUCCGUGCCAAUUUGCAUCUAGAGCAUUCGUCACCGCCACCAAGGCAUUCGUGGCGGAACACCCAGAACAAUCCAUUCACAUCACCUGGACGCCCGGGCACAACGGAGUCGAAGGCAACGAAACAGCGGACCGCUUGGCUAACGAAGGAGCUAGAGUGGCCCCGACCCCCAUAUUCAAUCGCACCAUCACAUGGGCAAAAGAACAGGCAACCCGCAAAACCAUACGUACAUGGAAGAAAGCAUGGUACGAGCACUCAGAAUCACGCAUUAACUCGAAAUAUUACAUACCCCGCCCACCCGCACUCAAACUGCACCCCAUAUUCAACUCAAGCAAGCUGGGCAGGGACAUUGAGUGCCGCCUCGUACAAUACCUCACCGGACACGGCCAUUACGGCAAGUACCAUGCACAAUUCCACCACAAUGUAGAUCCCAGAUGCGCCUGCGGGGAGUCGGAUGAGACAAUUUUUCAUUUAACCACCUCCUGUCCCGCUACGGCGGGACACAGGGGGAUACUCAGUGAGUUUUCCACCAACAUUAGUGAUCCCACACUGUUUGGUUCCCUUGCAGGUCUUGAAGCAGUCGCAAAGUUCAUAGCCAAGACGGGCAUAGGCCGAAGACGAGGAGGCCCGCAGGCAGCCGCUCAUUCCAUGUAA